CCUUUUUCAAACCUACUACCUUAGGCAAACACAACAAAAAGCAACUACUCACACCAUGUCUAUGAUGAAUGAAAUAGUUCAAAGUUCUAAACAAAAUAUUUCCUAUUGCUCAAGGUUUUGAGAUUAGUUUGGUUUUGUUUGUUGAUAAGCUACAUCAACAUAUUAUAUCUUAAGGAAGUUAUUAUUGCAACAAAUUACAACUCUAUUGUCAAACAAUGUUGAUGUGAUUUAUUUUAUUUUUUUCAUAAAAUGGAUGAGUCAUAUCCUCCUAAUACAUUGGCACAAUGUCGAAUAUGUCAUGAUGAAGAUGAAGACUUAAACAUGGAUACACCUUGUUCUUGUUGUGGCACAUUGAAGCAUGCACAUCGAAUAUGUGUUCAAAGAUGGUGCAAUGAGAAAGGUGAUACUACUUGUGAGAUUUGCCAACAGCAACUUAAGGGCUAUACUGCUCCUCCACCAGCUCCUUUAUUCCACUAUGGGGGCAAUUGGGAAAUUCCAAGAAUUGGUCUUAAUAAUAAUCAGUUCAUAACACUGUUUCCUGCUAAUCAUGAAUUCAUGGACCCUAACUUUGAAUUUUCAGCACCCUCUACAAGGAGCCUCAUGUUCUUCCGCAUUGUUGCCAUUAUUUUUAUUGUUCUGCUUGUUUUACGCCAUACACUUCCAAUCAUAUUCAUACUGAAUGGAGUAGGAGAGUAUUCCUUAACAGUGUUUAUGUUGCUAGUGUGGGGAAUCACUGGAUUAAUUGUACCAGUGUAUAUAAUGGUAAAAGCUAUUACAACUAUCCAACAACUUCAACACCAGGAGCGAAAUUCUCUUGUGCAAUCUCAGUUGCGUGUAAUCCAUAUUCAGUGAUUCUAUCAUCUACUUCAGAUGAAAAAUGGCUAUGAUGUUAAACAGAAAAGAAGAUACUCCGAACUAAAGAAGACAUAAAUUGAUGAAGAAAUCGAUGUAAUUCCUCAUUUGAAAAAGUGAAUCAAUGAACUACUACUAUGUUUCUCCUUGUUGUUUAAUGUAGUUCCAUCAAACUCAAUGUCAAUCAUUGGAUUAAUUUAUCAGUAUCUUCAUCCUUUAA